GGGGGGUGUGGAUGCGGUGAUAGCUGGGGGCGAUAAGGGAAUUAAUGAGGGGGAUUUGGAGGAGGAAGGGGAUGAUUCUUUCCCCGAGCCUCCAGAGGAAGCUAAGCUCUUCGUGGGGAAUCUGCCUUAUGAUGUGGAUAGCGAGAAGCUAGCUCAUUUGUUCGAGAAGGCUGGGAUCGUUGAGGUUGCUGAGGUAAUUUACAACAGGGAGUCCGGGCAGAGUCGCGGCUUUGGGUUUGUCAACAUGAGCAGUGUUGAAGAAGCUGAGAAAGCUGUGGAAAUGUUCCAUCGCUAUGAUUACAACGGA